GAGCGCGGGAGACCGGACCUGAGAGGAGAGCUGCUGGUUCUGCGCCGGUCCGCCGGCCUCGGACAGCCCAAGAGCUGCCACCCAACAUCACACAGACCCCCCCACCCCCGCCCUGCGCCAGGCUCCACCCCAGCCAAGGACCCCCAACACUAGCAUGGACUGCUGCACGGAGAGCGCCUGCUCCAAGCCGGACGACGACAUUCUAGACAUCCCACUGGACGAUCCUGGUGCCAAUGCAGCCGCUGCCAAAAUCCAGGCGAGUUUCCGGGGCCAUAUGGCGCGGAAGAAGAUAAAGAGCGGAGAGCACGGCCGGAAGGGCCCGGGUCCUGGGGGACCGGGCGGAGCUGGGGGCGCCCGGGGAGGCGCGGGCGGCGGCCCCAGCGGAGACUAAGCCAGAAGAAAUGAACAUUUUAGAAGUUCCCAAGGAGAGAUGGAUGCCGUGUCCCCUUCGCAGUGACAAGACUUCCCUACCGUGUUUGUGAUCCCCUCCUCCCCACCAGCCUGCCAGCUUCUGGAGCCCCCCUGCGUCCCAGAGACUCUUUCUUCCAGGCAGGCUUCCUCGCGGAGUCGCCAAGUCUUGCCCUUUUAGUUAGCCCUCCAGUCUAGCGUGGUCCCUGUUCGCCCUUCCUCCCCCUCCGAUCCCCAAACCCCGCACUCCCAAAUUUUCCUCCUUUUGCUUCUCGCCCACCUCUCCCCGCACCCAGCAUGCAGCUCUGCCUCCGCAGCCUCUGUGCGCUUCCCUGCGCGCACUGCGGAGGGCGCCCUAAGCGUCGCCCAAGUACACUCAAUUUAAAAAAAUAACAACAGUCCUUUGGUUCUGUGCGCAGCGAUAGGGGGCGCCCUGCGUCUCUGUGCAAUUCCCUCCCCAGCCUAGCCUCAGAACUUUAAAUCUGGGACAUGAGGAAGGGAGAAAAGUGUUUACAUGGUUUCGGAUGCCCCUUACUCUGAUCGGAAGGGAAGUCCCUAUCCCGCACCUGCCUGUCAUGUUCCCUUCCUUUUCCCCAGCGCACCCUGAGAGCCGCCUCUCCAGCUCUCCUGUUUACGCAAACGCCGAGCGCCUGGAGGCUCGGUAGGAGGAGUCUUCCGCGGCCCCGCCCCUGCCCCUUCCGGCUUCGGCCCCGCUGGGCUCCUGGGGUUGUGGCCGGAAGGUUUUUAAUCUCGGUGUGUGCAUGUGACCGUUCUGGGUUGGAAUGUGAACAAUAAAGAGGAAUGUCCAAGUG